CAGCCCUUCACAGGUGUGGUUCAGCGGCAGGAGGAGUGUGUUCAUUCCAGCCAUGCAGGAGAGACAAGGCACACCUCUGGGGCCGCUGAAGCCACAGACGAGAUGCCUGCGAUGCGGUGACCCGCUGGAGUGGUCAGAGGAGCACGGUGUCCUGCUGGGCUGUCAGUGCUGCUCUACAGUGGAUGAGACGCUGGAGAAGGUAGCCAGGGGUAUGGCAAGCAGAAUUAAGAAGGAGAAGUGUCACUGGGCGGCUGGGAGAGUGGGCGACAUCGAGUUCAUGGGCCCUACUAAGACUAGAGGAAAGUUUCUGAGGGUGCUCAGCAACACGGACCCGGUGCUGAUCUACCAGAUGAUGACGGAAGAGUGGGGCCUCGCUCCUCCACACCUGGUGGUAGCACUCGUGGGAGGAGACGAGGUCGCUCAGAUGAAGCCCUGGCUCAGGGACACUUUGAGAAAAGGACUUGUGAAGGCUGCACAGAGCACAGGGGCGUGGAUCUUUACUAAUGGCCUUCGUUUUGGCAUCACCAAACACUUGGGCAAGGCGGUCAAAGACCACUCCUUGGCCAGCACCUCCUCUAAAGUCCGUGUAGUGGCCAUUGGCAUUGCACCCUGGAACAUGAUCCACAAUCGAGAGGCGCUACUCUCUGCCAAGGUGGACGAGCCUGCAUCGUACAAGUCACAGGACUUGCCUCAUGGGUCAGUGUAUUCCCUGGAUGACCAGCACUCUCACUUUGUGCUGGUGGAGGAGGAUCCCAACAGACCAGGAGCCACCAGUGAAAUGAGGGUGAAGCUGCUCAAACACAUCUCUCUUCAGCGCACUGGUUAUGGAGGUGCAGGCAGUUUUGAGAUCCCUGUUCUGUGUCUCUUGGUACAUGGUGAACCCAGGAUUCUAAAGAGGAUGUACAAAGGCAUUGGCAAUUCGACACCAUGGCUGAUCCUGGCAGGCUCGGGAGGCGUGGCUGACAUCCUCGUCACGCUGAUGGAUAGGGGCUGCUGGGAUACGGACAGUGUUCAUGAGCUACUGCUGGACACCUUUCCAAAUGCCCACCACAGCACAGACAUCAGUAACUGGGUCAAGCUGAUCCAGAGGAUUCUUGAUCAUGGACAUCUUCUUACUGUCCACGACCCUGAACAGGAGAGCUCUGAGCUGGAUACAGUCAUCCUCAAAGCUCUAGUCAAAGCUUGUAAGAGCCAGAGUCAGGAAGCUCAAGACUUCCUGGAUGAACUGAAGCUGGCUGUGGCCUGGAACAGGGUGGACAUUGCCAAGAGUGAUAUCUUUAAUGGAGAUGUGGAGUGGAAGGCAUGCGACCUUGAAGAGGUGAUGAUGGAUGCGCUGAUUAAUGACAAGCCCGACUUUGUUCGCCUCUUUGUGGACAGCGGUGUGAACUUGGGCGAGUUCCUCACCUACGGCCGCCUACAAGAGCUUUACUGGUCUGUGUCGGAGAAGAGCCUCCUUCACAACCUCCUCCUGAAAAAGUACGAAGAGAAGCAGCUGCUGCUCGGAGCUGCCAGGACACCUGGUCCACCUGGGCACCAUCCGCCUGAGCAAGGGGACCGGAAACCACGCUUCACUCUUUUUGAGGUCGCUAAAGUGCUGAAAGACUUUCUCCAUGACUCCUGCAAAGGCUUUUACCAAAAAAUUCCCACAGAGAAGCCAUCGAAGGGUCGACUGUUCCACAACCAGAAGAACCUGGCCGAGUUAGAGGAAUGCUGCGAACAUCCUUGGAGGGAUCUCUUCCUCUGGGCUGUCCUUCAGAACCGACAGCAGAUGGCUAACUACUUUUGGGCUAUGGGCCCUGAGGCAGUUGCGGCAGCGCUGGCGGGUUGUAAGAUUCUGAAAGAGAUGGCAAGACUGGAAUCUGAAGCCGAAUCUGCACGGAGCAUGAAGGAGGCCAAGUAUGAGCAGUUUGCCCUUGAUGUCUUUGGAGAGUGUUACUCCAACAGUGAAGACAGGGCUUAUGCUUUGUUAGUGAGAAGAACACACUGCUGGAGCAAAUCUACCGUCCUCAACUUGGCAACCGAGGCAGAUGCCAAAUCCUUCUUUGCCCACGAUGGAGUUCAGGCUCUUCUCACAAAGCUUUGGUGGGGGGCGAUGACGACAGACACAGCCAUCUCCAAACUUGUGUUGUCCUUCUUCUUCCCGCCGCUCAUCUGGACCAACAUGAUAAAGUUCAGUGAUGAGGAACUUGAUAACCGUAAUGGCCGCGAGCAGUUUGCAGAGCUGGACAGUCUGGAUACAGAAAAGGCUUUGCUGUUAACUGACGACGAUGAUCCUUUGGACACUCCACCCGGAGGUCCAGCAGCUCAGAGCUGUGCCUCUGUCUGGUGGCGUUUCUUAAUCCGCCGCUGGCGUCGCUUCUGGAGUGCUCCUGUCACCGUGUUCCUCGGUAAUGUCAUCAUGUACUUCGCCUUCCUCUUCCUCUUCACCUACGUGCUCCUGCUAGACUUCCGUCCGGCGCCACCCUAUGGCCCUGGACCCCCAGAGAUAAUGCUCUACUUCUGGGUCUUCACCUUGGUGCUGGAGGAACUUAGACAGAGCUUCUUCACAGAUGAAGAGAUGAGCAUCUUGAAGAAGUUCAAACUCUAUGUUGAGGACAACUGGAACAAGUGCGACAUGGUUGCCAUCUCGCUGUUUGUUGUUGGGGUUUCUUGCAGGAUGGUGAACGGCACCUAUGAGGCAGGAAGGACUGUUCUGGCGAUAGACUUCAUGGUGUUCACCCUACGUCUGAUCCACAUCUUUGCCAUUCAUAAGCAGCUGGGCCCCAAGAUCAUCAUUGUGGAAAGAAUGAUGAAGGACGUUUUCUUCUUCCUCUUCUUCCUGAGUGUGUGGCUCAUUGCGUACGGUGUUGCCACCCAGGCUCUUCUUCACCCAAACGACCCAAGGAUUGACUGGGUGUUCCGCAGAGCCUUGUACCGUCCCUACCUCCACAUUUUUGGCCAGAUCCCCCUGGAGGAAAUUGAUGCUGCUCGCAUGCCUGAAAUCAACUGCACCGAUGACUCAGAUGAGAUUAUCAUGGGCCUGCGGCCGCCGUGCCCCAACCUCUACGCCAACUGGCUGGUCAUUUUACUGCUGGUUAUUUUCCUUCUUGUCACCAAUGUCCUGCUGCUGAACCUGCUCAUUGCCAUGUUCAGUUACACGUUCCAGGUGGUGCAGGGCAACACGGACAUCUUCUGGAAGUUCCAGAGAUACAACCUGAUCGUGGAAUACCACAGCCGUCCAGCACUGGCUCCACCCUUCAUCAUCAUCAGCCAUCUCUCUCAGCUCCUCCUCAGCCUGGUCAAACAGCCCGAGCCCAAACAGGAGCAUCUUGAGAGAGAGUUGCCGGCAGGGCUGGACCAGAGGCUGAUAACAUGGGAGACGGUACAGAAAGAGAAUUACCUGGCCAAACUGGAGCGCCAGCACUGGGAGAGCAGUGAGGAGAGACUCAAGAGUACCUCCUCAAAGGUUCAGAGCUUGCUGAGGGCUGUUGGUGGGUUCAAGGACCAAGAGAAACGACUGGCAACCAUGGAUGCUCAGGUCAGAUAUUGUGGAGAGGUGUUGUCCUGGAUGGCAGAGUGCUUCGCUCAAAGCACACUCAAGUGUGAGAAAGAAGUUCCGAAAGCUCCAUUGUCUCUAACAAGUCCUAAGCCAACCAGCUCCAAGGACGCAGCUCAAAGUCAGCCAGAGAAAGAAGCCAAACAAGAAGGGGGUGCAGCUGAACCAGGUCACCCAGGAUAUGGAGCUAACAAGAAAUUUCCUUACAUUGAUGAGUAGAAGUGACAGUGGUAACUGGUGGCAGCUAAUCAUGAUGCUAUGUGUAAGCCUUUUAGAAUAUUUUGAGGUAUGAUGAGGAUUAAGGGAAGGAAAAUGUUGAUUUGGUUUGAAUGUUGAUUUAAAUUCAUAAA